UUUGUCCCGAUUGUUGACCACUUGUCGGACGGCGGCCAACGCUCGAGGGAGCUUGAGCACCCGCGGCCAGCCCACGGGGUAGUACAUGACCUCCUCAGUCCGGCUGCCUCCUCAUCGAAGGUUAAAAUGCAGGCCGAUGACCGACGUGUAAACAAAUUCUAACUGGAAUUUCACAUCACUGCCCACCACUCCGUCAUCUGUGAAAGGGCAGCAGACAUCAUCACCAGUGCUACCAACAGUACAGAAAAUGCUCAGUAGCUACAAUUAAAAGCCAUGAAGUCAUCGUUACACCUUGGCGCCGCGUGGUUUCUCGCAGCUUUGGCUCCAAUAUUGGCUCAACAACAAUACAACGUGGGUGUCGGAAUCGCCGACUGCACUGGACCCGCCGGCGAGAUCACUUUUAUGGGAUACGCACGUUUGGAGCAAAAGGGAGCCGGAAUACAUUUGCGACAAUUUUCCAGGGCUUUCAUUUUCGACGAUGGAGAGUCUCGAGUGGUCUUCAUAAGCGUUGACGUAGCAAUGAUCAGUUACGGAAUCAGGAAAGAGGUUUUAGAAAGGCUUCAGAAAAAGUACAGAAAAUUGUACAACGAUCAGAACGUGAUAAUCAGCGCCACGCACACGCAUUCGGCGCCGGGCGGCUACAACCAGUAUUUGUUCUACGACAUCAGCGUUCUCGGCUUCAUGUCCCAGACCUUUAACGGCCUCGUCAAUGGAAUCGUUCGAAGCGUGGACCGGGCGCACGCCGACUUGUCUCCAGGCUACGUGACUUGGAGCCAAGGAUUGCUUUUGGACGCAAACAUCAACAGAAGUCCGACGGCGUACUUGAAAAAUCCCGAUGAGGAGAGAGCAUCUUACAAGUAUGACGUGGAUAAAAUAAUGACACAACUGAAAAUCACCCGCUUGGACGGAACUCCUGCAGGGGUGAUCAAUUGGUUCCCCGUGCAUCCGACCAGCAUGAACAACACCAACACCCUGGUCUCCAGCGACAAUGUUGGCUACGCCUCGGUUUUGUUCGAGCAACAGAUGAACAAAGACUCUCUCAUCGGAAAAGGAAAAUUCGUGGCAGCGUUUUCGUCAACCAAUUUGGGAGAUGUGUCGCCCAACAUCCAAGGACCCCAUUGCUUAGAUAAUGGAGACCCGUGCGACAUGUACUCCAGCACCUGUGACGGCGCCAACGUGCUCUGCGUCGCUUCUGGACCCGGAAACGACAUCUUCGAAAGCACCAAAAUCAUUGCCGAACGACUGAAUGCAAAAGCUAUGGAAUUAUUUACGAGUGGAAAUAACGAAAGUGUCAGUGGAAAAAUCCAGAUUGUCCAUCAGUAUGUGGACAUGACGAAGCAGAACUUCACAAUUUACGACAACUACACCAUGAAAAACUUUACCGUUCGAGGGUGUCUGCCCGCCAUGGGGUACAGUUUUGCGGCGGGAACCACGGACGGCCCGGGGGCGUUUAGUUUUUCGCAGGGCAUGACGUCUCCAAAUGACUUGUGGAACGCCGUCCGAGACUUUAUCGUGACACCGAGUGACGAUCAGAGGAGGUGCCAUCGGCCUAAGCCCAUUCUUUUCCCAACAGGCGAAAUGCAAUACCCCUUCCCGUGGCAGCCAAAGAUUGUUUCCACGAGCCUUGCAAUGAUCGGUAACUUUGCGAUUAUCCCCGUUCCUGGAGAAUUCACAACCAUGGCCGGCAGACGUCUGCGAAAAACCGUCCGGGACACUUUGACUGAGUACAAUGCACCUCCUGGCCCGGUGGUGAUCGCAGGCCUGUCCAACACCUAUUCCAGCUACAUAGUCACCCCAGAGGAAUACGAGUUGCAGCGAUACGAGGCUGCGUCUACGAUUUAUGGCCCGCACACGCUGACUAUUUAUCAAAGACAGUACAAGAAGUUAGCCAUCGCCCUGAUGACCAACACCAACCUGAGGCCAGGUCGAGUACCGGCAGACAUUAAGGAGCAAACAGUGACUUUGCUUCCUCCGGUCAUUUUUGACUCGACGCCAUGGGACAAAGACUACGGGACGGUGGUCAGGCAGCCGAAAAGCGUCGCCACCAUUGGGGACAAAGUCACGGCUACCUUUAUUUCAGGCCAUCCUAGAAAUCACCUUUUGCAAGAAGAGAGUUUCAUGACUGUUGAAAAACGCGUCCAGAGGGAAAACACAACCUUUUGGCAAAUAGUCGCCACUGACGCCAACUGGGAAACGAAAUUCCACUGGUAUCGAACGUCAUUCUUGAAAGGAAUGAGUGAGGCGAGAACGGAGUGGAUCAUUCCCGAAGGCACCGAACCAGGCGUGUACAGAUUCAGCCACAAGGGCCACGCAAAAUUGGUGUUUGGCGGAAUUUCAUCCUACAGGGGCCACAGCAGACCAUUUCAAGUUGUUACUCCGCCGAAACAGUUCAGCUUGAACAGGAGCAAAAGACUGUUUUACCAAUGAUAGUCAAUCAUUGAUCAAGUCAAGAGAUUUUCCUGUCAGCAAAGUCCUUUUCAUAGGCAUACUAAAAUAAAUUAUACAAAAUCCCUGCCGUAGCUAUUAAGGUAAUAAAUUAAUAUUUUGUGAGAGCGUUUUAGAAAAAUUGUCAUUUAAAAA